AUGAUUUUACGUAAAACUUCUACAAAUGUAACAUUUAAACACAAUGAAUCAAAUCGAAGUCGGCCUGAUGAAUAUUUACUUGAUAAUAAUAAUAAUAACAGUAACAAUAAUAAUAAUAACAAUACUCUAAUCAUUAACACCAACAACCACACCAGUAAUUAUACAAACAAUAAAGAAAGUGAAAGUAAUCCAAUACGCUUCAGUGAAAAUAAAUCAACAAAGUCUAAUGUGUUAAUUCAUAGUAAUGUGAAAUUAUUACCUCCGGAUUCUGUUUCAGAGCAUCAACAAAUUAUAAAUUUCAAUGAAGCAGAAUUAGCUUACGAACAACAUAAAAGAAUGACAGCCAAACAAAAAUUGUCACGUUCAAACCAAAAAGGUCCAUCAUUUCUCAUUGAAGAAGAUCAACAAUCAUAUAUGGCAAAUUAUGAUUAUGAAGGUGAACCGAAAUCAUCCAGUUCUACUCAUGAAAUCAAAUCUGACAAACCAUUUAUUGGACAUAGUCAAAAACCAUUCUCUUCAGCUUUUCGUAGUUCAAAUGAGAAAAUGCAAACAUUCAAUCGAAUGACAAUGAUGUCAAUGGAAGAAAAUGAUAAUGAUGAGAUUGACAAUAAUGUUGAUAUAAUUCAUAAAGGACAAAUAAUAUAUCAUAAUUCAAAUUAUUCACGAUCAGAUAAUUUAAACUCAUCAUUUUCACAAAAAUAUCUUCAUGGUAUUAGUUCACCUAGUAAUAGACAAUAUAAUUACGAUGAUACACCACAGACAAUUCCACAAGUUAUGAACUCAGAUGUUAGAGUGAGAAAAAAUCCUUUAUUGUCUACAAAAAGUUUUUCACUCGAUGUACCUCGAUUUGAUCAACCAAAUGAUUCUGUGAUUACUGGUUCAGGUGGUUCAAGUCCAGGUCGUUAUUCUGAAGGGAUUCGUAAAUCAUCCAUUGCAAAACAUUAUCAUGGCUCAUCUUCAAGAAUGUCACCAUCACCUUUUUCAUCAAGAAUGAAUGAACCAUCAUUUUAUACACACAUAACAAAAAAUAUACCUUGUGAAGAAAUGGGUUCAACAGAUAUUCCUCAUUCUAUACAAAUAAAUAUAAAAGAUCCAUGUAAUAUAGACUCUUCAUAUAUGAAUAUGGAUGAAAGAUCAGGAAGACGUAUGAUUUCACCAACUGCAAAUUAUCCAUCACGUAUACGUUUAACAAAUACAACUAGAAUGCUACCUAAACCGAUUGAAGGCCCAUUUGAACGAAAUCUGUAUGCUGUUAAAAGAAAUUUUGCAUCGAAUCAACGAAAUGAACCAAAUUUAAGGUUUUGA